CCUCUCUUCACCCUCUUCCCUCUUUCCCGCCUUCCCUCUUUCCCGCCUUCCCGCUUUCCCCUCUUCCCCCUCUUCCCCCUCUUCCCUCUUUCCGGAGCGGGCAAACCGAGCACAAGGGCAACAGCUUAGAAGCCCAGCCUUAGGGGACGUGAGAGCAUUUUGAUCCAAGCGGAGGGCGGUGGAAGAAUGGUUGGGCGAGGAGGAACCAUGCUUUUCCUUCUCUCCCGAAGCCACUCUUCUGCCUGGCCAACAGGCACGGGAUCCUCUGCGCUCACAACCCAGUUUUGCUAGUGUUCACCUGAUUUCCCUGCAAAGAUGGGUCCUGUAAGAACAAAAGACAAAAGGAAAACUUACAGAAGCCCCCUUUCUCUACUGAAACAGCCACUAGAUUCAGUGUUCCAGCUUUGAAGUCCCUAAUAUAUUUUGGUCCAUGAAAAUGGAUUAAGAAGAUGUAGAAUCAUUCUGAAUAACUUUCCCAAACUCUUUAUGCUUAGGAGAGAGAGAAGUUUCCUGAAAUGUGAUACCCUUUAUGGAAAAAAAUGUCAAGAAAAAGAAUGUGAACAAAACUUUUAGUAUUCUAUCAAGUGCUGAAGUGUCUCUAGCACCUUGCCUUUAGAUCGUUUCACCAUCUAAUGUGCCAAAUCUUCCCAGAAGUUUUUCCAAAGUAGAACAUCUAGAAGCUGGAACCCAGUAAAAGUGACUAGGAACUGCAAUAGUAUCACAAUAGUCAAAUUGUUCAGACAUGUCUCAGGCACCCUUUGCAAGAAGACCUCCCUUCAAGGUAUGUUACAUCUGUGGCAGAGAAUUUGGGUCACAUUCUAUUGCUAUACAUGAACCUAAGUGCCUAGAGAAGUGGCGCAUUGAGAACAAUCAGCUACCAAAGCACCUUAGAAGGCCAGAGCCCAGGAAACCUGAGGUCCUUACUGGUUGUGGUUCCUAUACAUUUACAGAUGAAAAUGAAGCAGCUUAUUAUAGUGCUCAAGCCCAGCUCUUGCCCUGUAGAAAGUGUGGCCGAACCUUUUUUCCCGACCGUCUCCCUGUGCACGAAAGGUGUUGCAAAGGGGGCAGCAGCCGUGCAAGGCAGCCAUGCGCUACCGCUGGUAAAUGGGGUAAAGCACCAAGAUCUGGAACUGGCUCAGGAAGUGGUGAACUAUCUAAGGCCCGUCAAGGAACGAGCAGGGCUGCACCAGCUGUAUCAGACCAGGCAAAAGUGAUAAGACGACCACCAACGGUGAUUUGCUACAUAUGUGGCCGUGAGUAUGGAACAAAAUCUAUCAGUAUACAUGAGCCACAAUGCCUGAAAAAAUGGCACCAGGAGAAUGACAACCUCCCCAAGCACUUGAGAAGGCCAGAACCCAAAAAGCCAGAAGUCAGAACUGUGCAAGCCAAAGGUUUCUAUGAUCUUGAUGCUUUAAAUGAGGCUGCCUGGACCAGCGCCCAAGCCCAGCUAGUUCCAUGUGAUAUUUGUGGGCGUACUUUUCUUCCAGACAGACUGAUCGUCCACCAGAGGUCCUGUAAACCGAAACCUGCAAAGUGAAGUGGAUAUAACACACUUGCAUACAGUUGCAUGUCUGCUCACACGUACACAGGCAGACACACACAUUUAUCCUAAGCUAAUAAAGCGUGUGUGUGUGUGUGUGUGUGUGUGUGCGCGCGCGCGCACAUGAAGGCAUACACAUGCAGCCAUACCUUUCAGACAAACCAUGAAAGAAAUAAAAUUCAUCUGGAGAGACAUGGUCAUCAAAACUUAA